AUGAAGCGUCGACCUCGCUUGGACAGCAGUGUGUCGCUGGAACUACCGCCGCCCGAGAUGCUUCAGCGUUCUGUGACCUCUGUCACAGACGACAGCAGUAGCUCCCCAACGUCAUCGUCCCCGGCGUCGCCCAACCACCGCCGCAACAACUCGCGCCAAUACAGUCUUCCUGUGUUGAACAUCGGCUUUUCCAACUUUAAGUUUGCAAAAGAAGAUCACAAACGGAGCCCGUCGCCUUCCAAGUCCACAGGGUCGCCAAUCCAAUACAAGGCGGCAAAUUCACCAGCGACGCGGCAUCGCCGGACGCCGACAAAAUCGGCUGCGACACUCGCAUUCCAGCGCAUCGCUGAGGACAUGGAAACAGGGCACGCAAGCGAUCCUGGUCCAUCUUGUCGCAGCGGGUCGACCGAUUCGGACGAUGAAUACACGCGGACUCGGAGGCCGUCACCUAACUCCCCGUCGAAACCAUCGAAGCACAUCACAUCCUACUCGUUGUACCUUCCCGAUUCAUGCAGCGGCCUGAAAGACCAGUUCCUUCGCAUCAAAGAGCGCUUCACAAAACCCGCAGCUCCAACUACGGCUGUGAAUGACGCUACUCCUGGCGGCCAAGCAGAUGAUGGUCCUGCAACACAGUCGCCAAAGUCGCAGGCCACCUUUCCCGACAAGCCCAAGACCAAUAGCUGGCGUGGGCUGGACCCGAACGAUCGCCGCCGUCUCACUGCCGACUCUGGUGGGUGGAUCGAUCCACGGGACCUCUUGGACCCCACGCGCAACGAAGAGAUUGCGAUGAAGCCCAUGGAGCUCAUGCACGAGCUGGCGAAGCUCAACGCGUCAGCCAAGAAACUGUUUGCCGAUGAUCCUUGGUCGCAUGGAGCGGAGCGAUGGGUGCUAGAAGGGUCCCAUCUUCGUGGAUACAUGACGUGUUGGACGAUUGAGCGCGGUGGCGAGUUGGUCGUGAUGAUUGCUCAAAGUAUGAAAAGCUUGAAUGCCAGCAUUCAUCCCGACAUUUCAUUGCAAUGGAUCGGGCGACAACUCUACGGGCUGACGAUUCAAUUGCCACUCACACGCAAGGAGCUAUCCAUGGAACACAUUACAGUCGCAUCUGGCAUUGAUGUGGCCCUAGCCAAGAUGUUAAGUCUUCCAGAUGUGACGUCAUGGCCUCGAUCCGCAACAAUGGCUGCCGAUAUGGGAAGAGCCCCCAUGACGACCACGGAAUUGGCUGGAUUGCAAGAUCGAUCGAAGGCUUUGCCUCGUCAUGAAAGCGUGGCUUCCUUUGUGGUGACCGCAACGGCAAUCACGUCACCGACCUUGUCGUCUCGAUCAUCGACAUCGUCGAGCCAUCAUGUACGAAGUCAAUCGACCGACUCGGCUCCGUCCAUCUUGAGUGGAAGCAGCGGGGAGAAGCCACCCGUGUCCAGCAAGGCUUCAGCGUCCUUUGUGCGAAGCUUGUCGACGGAUUUGUCCAUCAAAGUGCCGUCCUCGUCGCGGCUCAACGACACCAAGUGGCAGCAACAGCAGCUGAAACUUUUCUCGGGAAGAAGUGAUGGACAGAGCGAUGGCAGUGCGCCAAGAUUGGCUGUUGGACCGAUCCCUCCAACCAUGGUAGUCGCGUCGACAUCGACGGCGUCGACGUCGACUAAAACGUAUCAUGCGCUGGCCGCCCCCACCACAACGACGACCUUGUUCGAGGACGAUCCGUUCCAGCGAUGUACACCGGACAAGACGGGGUGGCUGAAGAAGCGCAGCAGCGGUCUAAACGCGUGGCAGCUACGUUGGUUUGAGCUGAAAGGCAACCGAUUGUACUAUUUCAAGAGCGAAAAGGACGGUAUACCCCGUGGCGCAAUAGUGCUAGACAAAGUGCACUGUGUCAAGGAUGACCAGUCCACGGGAAACGACAUGCCGUCGUCCCUCACGAUCGCCCCGUCCUGCGGAGACUUCAUUUGUAUGCUCAAGUUUAGCAACCGUCUGACGUACCAUUCGUACAGCCGCCGGAGCUGCACGCUGCGGGUGGAAGAUGGGGAGACUACCGCCGAGCUCAACAGUUGGAUCAACGCGAUCUGCCGAGCGUCGUUUCACUGCUAUUUGGCCUUGCCUCCAUCCCCUCAAGGCAAGGUCAAGCAGCUACAAGCCAAAAAGUCGGACAACGAAAUGUACCAGUACAGCAGUUUUCAGUACCUUCGGGAAACCGACCCGUUGCUGUGGGAAAUCAACCCGUUGGACCAAACUGCGAUCAGGAAAAAAGCGGCAGCUGCCACGUCGGCCACGGACUAUUCGUUCUUGUUCACAAAAUUUGCCCAGGUGCUCAAGAACAUUGUGCUGCCGCGACCUCGGCCUAUCAGCAUCGAGCAAACGCUUCGCGACAUCAUCCCGGAACUGUUCUUGAUCAACAACAUCUUGUAUGGCGGCGGGGAGACGGAGAGCAUCGACGACAUCUUUGAGGUGCUGGAAGGGUAUGUUCGCCGGUUUGCCGCCACGCAUGACGAGUGUGUGCACAUCGUGAGUGCCAUCUUGCAAGCGUGUGCGCGCACCAUCGCCGGCGGGGACUCGUACUUUGUGGUACGGACGCUUCUAGGCAGCCCAUCGAUGGUGAUUCGACCAGCACACAACCAUGGCAUGCCGAUUGUGAUUGACAUCAGCAGUGCAAAGCCGACGUUGUUCACGAUCACGCUGCAAAGUGUGUUCAUGUUCCACACCGUCGAUGAGGUUGAGAGAAUGGAAGAAUCUGACGACGUCGCUCCGACAUGUCGUGUCCAAACUUUGCACGUCCAAGAGAUCGACUUCGAAAUCAACAAGUCGACACGUCACCUCAAGAUACGUCAGCUCUUGAACGACGAAGAUGAAAGGCCAAUGGAUCGAAAUUCCCAUAGUAGUCGAAGCAUAGACCACGACUACGGCGCGCUGCUCGACGGCCUCGGUUGAGUCAAGAGUGCUUUAAGAGCGAUGACAGGUCCUCGCGACGUAGGUAGGGUGACGUAACUUAGCGCAAUGCAUUUUGAAUUUUUCCGUGC